GUCAGAUAUCUGAGAAACCUACUAAUGCAUAGCCUAGUCUGCAGUGGCAUGUGAUUCACAGUCUUUCUCAUGUUGACUUUUCCCGUUUCCGCUUUUCCCUUUUUUUUCCGUUUUCCAUUCUGUUUUGUUUCUUUUAGUAAUCAUGAGUCGAAGCAUUUAUCCUAGCAGUCGUUUACUCAACUUUCACCACAUAAAAGGAUGGAUGAAGUCUACAAACUGCAAAGCAAAAACAGAUAUAUAUUUUAUGUGGGUUGUCCUUUUUCCAAAUGAAUAAGGACUGAACUCCAAAGAUGAAGUAAGAUAACUUUUAUCAUUAGUCCAGAAAUUUAAACAGUUCUUAUUACAGUAAAAUGUAUUGGUGACAUUUAAAGACUCAUGGUUAACAGUGUAUAUGGAAUUGUGUACGUGCACAGCAUUUAAGCCUAUCUUUCUUUUCUGGACCAAAGCUGCUGAGAUAAUCCAUGUGAGACCUCAUCCCUCCUCUCGGGCAUACACAGAUCACUACUGACCACGGUUUAAACACAAACACAUGCUUGGACAGGAAAAAGCGAACUGAAUGAUAUAGUGAUAUAUAACACAGUGUGUUUAAUUUUUUUUUAACAAAGAUCUUCACAAAUACAAGCAUCCAGGGAUCUCAGCUGAGGCUGUCAUCAUGAGUCUUAAACAAGCCUGUAUCUUUCUCAGAGGAGGAACCAGGAGACAAACAAGAGCCCUCACACACGAUGAAAUUGAAGAGCUGCGUGAAGCUUUUGUUGAGUUUGAUAAAGACAAGGAUGGUUUCAUUACCUGUAAAGACCUGGGGAACCUGAUGAGGACCAUGGGUUACAUGCCAACUGAAAUGGAGCUCAUAGAAUUGAGUCAGAACAUCAACAUGAACUUAGGGGGACGGGUGGACUUUGAUGAUUUUGUGGAACUAAUGACCCCCAAGCUUCUGGCUGAAACUGCAGGGAUGAUUGGGUUGAAGGAACUUAAAGAUGCAUUUAGAGAGUUUGAUAUAGAUGGUGAUGGUGCUAUCACAUCUGAUGAACUGAGACACGCCAUGAUAAAAUUAUUAGGAGAACAAACCAGCAAAAAUGAAAUUGAUGCAGUGGUCAAAGAAGCUGACAACAAUGGAGAUGGAACAGUUGACUUUGAGGAGUUUGUGAAAAUGAUGUCGCAGAAAUGA